GGUUUUCUCCGCCUACACAGAUGGUCUGCGCCGGCUACUCGAUCCCACAAGAAAAAUAAAAACUUGCCUUUCAGUGUUCAAGUCAUUUAUAUCAUCUCUGCUGCCCGUAAUUUGCUUCAAAUCCGAUUAUUCCACCACAAAAUUGUCUUCAAUUCAGGUCAUGACCAGAAGCGAUGCCAUAUUUGUUGAUCAAUUCUGAUUGGCUGAGCUGGACCACAUGACCACACUGUAGCGUAUGUAACAUCACUGUAGUGAUGUUACAGAGCCAGGCAGCAUACUACAGAGGGGAACUGAGAAAGUCAAGCUCGCUCACAUCUGGAAGGAAAUUUCAGACAGAUUUUGGAGUGUCGGUCGACCCAAACAUGUGCGUGUGAUGGCUGGUGCCCUGGAGGGGGAUCUGUUUAUUGGGCCCAAAGCUGAGGAACACAGGGGUUUGUUAUCGGUUCGGUACCCAAUGGAACAUGGCAUCGUUAAAGACUGGAACGACAUGGAGAGGAUCUGGCAGUACGUUUACUCUAAAGAACAGCUUCAGACCUUCAGUGAGGAGCACCCUGUAUUAUUGACUGAAGCUCCUCUGAACCCAAGUAAGAACCGCGAGCGUGCGGCUGAGGUCUUCUUUGAAACCUUCAAUGUCCCGGCACUGUUCAUCUCUAUGCAAGCUGUGCUGAGUCUGUAUGCGACAGGCAGGACAACAGGUGUGGUGUUGGAUGCAGGGGAUGGUGUGACCCACGCCGUGCCAAUCUAUGAGGGUUUUGCGAUUCCACACUCCAUCAUGCGUGUGGACAUUGCGGGCCGGGACGUGUCCCGAUUUCUCCGCCUGCUCCUGAGGAAAGAGGGAUAUGACUUUCACACCUCUGCUGAGUUUGAGGUCGUGCGCACUAUCAAAGAGAGAGCAUGUUAUCUAUCCUUGAAUCCUCAGAAAGAUGAGACUCUGGAGACGGAGAAGGCCCAGUACACACUACCGGACGGGAGCACGCUCGAUAUUGGGCCAGCGAGGUUCCGGGCCCCGGAGCUGUUAUUCCGGCCUGACCUGAUUGGAGACGAGAGUGAAGGAAUCCAUGAGGUUCUUGCCUUCGCCAUACAGAAAUCGGACCUGGACCUCCGGCGUACCUUAUUCUCCAACAUCGUCCUGAGUGGCGGCUCCACUCUGCUCAAAGGGUUUGGAGACAGAUUGCUGAGUGAAGUGAAGAAGCUUGCUCCCAAAGACGUCAAAAUAAAGAUCUCAGCACCACAGGAGAGACUUUACUCUACAUGGAUUGGUGGCUCUAUCCUGGCUUCAUUGGACACCUUUAAGAAGAUGUGGGUUUCUAAGAAAGAGUAUGAAGAGGAUCGAGCACGUGCCAUUCACAGGAAGACCUUCUAAUAAGCCCCUCCCACUGCUUCACCCAUGCCCCACCUCUCCUGGUUGUGACAUUGCGACUGAGUGUCUGUGCAGUUCUGAUCUCGCACACACUGCAGUGUUGUAAUGAUCGUCAUUCAGCUUGUCUUUUUGUUCUUGUCUAAAAUGAAGGUUUUUUCUGUGCGCGCGCGUGAGAGAGUGAGUGAGUGUGAGUUUGUGAGGUGUGUUAUUGCUACUCCAAUGAGCUUGGUCAUCUCUAGGCCACGCCCCCUUGUUCUUAGGCAGGAAGUGCAGCCAGGACGUGAUGGGAAACACAUUCCCUCUCUCUCACACAUACACCCACACUACUUGUAAUUACCACUGUAUUUCCAUUCCACACUUACUGAAGUAGUGUGAUGUCAUAUCCUGGGGGUGGGGUGGUAUUUUGUCUGUUCCCUCUCUUCAGUUGUCUGUGGAACUGGAAGUGGGUGUGUCUUUAACACAUUGGGGGCCCUGAUAACAGUUAAUGAGGUAUUUAUGCUUUGUGAUCAUGUGGUACCUUUUGGUCACUGAUAUUGCCAUGGCAACAUGUUCAAACUCCACCCAUUCAUGCUACAAAUGUUUGUUUUUUUUAAUUUAUUUUGAUUUUGCUAUGGAAACUUUAUUAGCAUUAGCAGUAUAGCCAGUUUAUUGUAGUCACCAGUAAAGCAUGUAAAGUAACAACCCCACGCACACUAAAAUGUGAUUGAGUGAAACAGAUGGUUAAAUGAUUCUAGAUCAUAGGAUAAAGUUUUACAGAGUUAAAGCCAGAAUAGUUCAAUGUGUCAUUAAAGCAUCUCAAUUUCAUUAUAUUAGCUUUUUACCUACACACACACACACACGUCUGAUCACAGUGGAGAAUAAAUCUGAAAUGUGGCCAGGGAUUUGUUUCAUAAAUGUUUCAGUUUAGAUUUCCCCCUUUACCCUCAGAAGCUCUGCACCUGAACACUCUUUACUGCUGAUGUAUAAAUUAUAAAUAAACUAAUUAAAAGCCU